AUGGCUAGGGCAAUUGCUGCUGUAGGUGAUAGUGCUGAUCAUGUAGGUGGUCUUUUGCUACCGAGUAGUUCUGGAGGUGUGUUCUUCCUCUGCAUGAUGAUCCUAAUGUCCCUCUCAGUCAUAUCAUUUGUAAUCUUUGCUUGUGGUGAUUCCUCUGGCAAGAAGAAAGGAAACUCCAAGAAUAUUGGUGGCCUCGACCAAAAGAAAAAAAAGAAUACUGGUGGCAGUAAAAACUAUGGGGGUCUUGUGUGUGCGACUGGUAUUUAUGGAGUUGGCACUGCUAGUGGUGGUGAUGGAGGUGGACAUGGACAUGGUGGGCAUGGUGGAGGCGGCGGUUGUGGAGGACACAGCGGUGGUGGAAAUGAUGGUGGCGGGGGUUGCGGCGGCGGUGGUUGUGGUGGUGGGGGUUGCGGUGGGGGCGGUUGUGGUGGAAAUUAA